AUGGAGAAGGAGGCGAGGCCUGUAGAGAAAGGGGCUACUCUUACAUCCCAUCUCUCCAGAGCACUUAAUCUGCUUACUGGGGACAUGCGUGUGUAUGGAGAAUGGAUAAAAAGGCAGAUUGUGGUGGUCCAGGUGGUGGACUGGGUCCUACGUGGGGUGGCCCAGGUCAUGUUUGUCAACAACCCCCUCAGUGGGCUGCUCAUCACGUUUGGCCUGGUGCUGCAGAACCCCUGGUGGGGCCUGAACGGACUGCUAGGAUCCCUCGCUUCCACACUGUCUGCACUCCUGAUUAGACAAAACAUGGGGGCCAUAUCUGCUGGUUUAUAUGGCUACAAUGGGACCCUGGUUGGAAUGCUGAUGUGUGUCUUCUCAGCCAAAGGGGACUGGUACUGGUGGCUUCUGCUCCCUAAUAUGUUCAUGUCCAUGUUAUGUCCCAUAGUCUCCAGUGCCCUGGGCUCAGUGUUCAGCAAAUGGGACCUCCCUGUGUUCACUCUACCAUUCAACAUCCUUGUGUGUUUGCACAUGGCUGCCAUGGGGUCUAACCACCCCUACUUUCCAGAGGUGCUAAUGCAGCCAAAGUCCUCCCUCCAUCUGAACACCACCUUGGCAGAACGAAGCAUACCUCAGCUCUUGAUGGCGGUGCCAGUUGGCGUGGGUCAGGUGUACGGCUGUGACUGCCCCUGGACUGGAGGAAUCUUCAUCAUAGCCCUGCUACUUUCCUCCCCAACCAUCUGCAUGCACGCUGUACUGGGCUCUAUUGUUGGUGUAGUGUCCGGUCUUGUUCUGGCUGCUCCUCGUGAGGACAUCUACUCAGGACUGUGGGGCUACAACAGUUGUCUGUCCUGCAUCGCUAUUGGAGGGGUGUUCUAUGCAUUGACAUGGCAGAGUCAUCUACUGGCUAUUACCUGUGCCUUUUUCUGUGCGUACAUGAGUUUGGCCAUUUCAAAUCUGAUGUCCAUAUUUGGGCUACCAGCAUGCACCUGGCCUUUCUGCCUGUCCGCCCUCACCUUCCUCCUCAUCACCACUGAAUCCAGAGCCAUACACAGACUGCCUCUGUCGGCCGUGACGUACCCUGAGGAAAACAGGCGCUACAACAAAGAGAGGUCACCAGAAAAUCACCAGGAGGAUCAGCAGAACAUCAGUAAAGAGGAGAAACUGCUGGAGAGAAGAGAAGAGAUAAAGCCUCAUAUCAGCCUGUCAGUAGAGUAG